AUGAGUGAGAACGACUUACUUAAACUCAGUGUUCGUAAUAACGCCUUGUCCAAAGUGAGGAACUAUGAGUCUGAAGGAGAGCUUCCUCCACAUAAAUCUCAAAAUGAUAUCCCCUCAAUAUCACCCAUUUUACAAAGAAGCCCGACUCUGGACUGCGAUGAUGGCAAACUUUUCAAUACACUUCAAAAGAGCCAAGACGAGUUAUUCAAACAACUUGGGCUAAAGGAUCUGAAAGAGCUGUCGGAUGAGGAUUUUGCCAAGAAGAUUUCAAACAUUGCAUCUUCAGCCAGUUUGGAUGAUAUCCAUUCCGAGCUUCCUGAGGUUGGAGAUCACGAGUUUGAGGCCUCCGUAACUCAGCUUGCAAAGCUUCUCAGCGAAGCAGAUAUUGACCCAAAGAAGAGCAUGGAUGAUUCCGAGAUGAGAUUAAUGACAAGUAUGGGCAAGAUUGGCUUUGCAAAAAAGGGUUCACACAGCCCAGCGAAGAGUGUUCCCGAUUUCAAGAGCUACCUUGAGAGCCAUUCUAAAACAGAUAACACUGCCAAUGGCACUAUGCUUGGUCCUGUAUGGGAUUCUGUUGCACCAAGUAUCAAGUCAAGAAUGCAGCGUUCCAUUUCUGCGUUCCGAGAACACUUGACCAUGGAAGAGGGUGGUGAAGAAACCUUAAAUGUGCUAAACAAAAUCAACAGCGAAAUCCAAGCAGGCCCACCAAAGAAAGAGCCCUUUACUGAAGAAAAGUGGGCCGAACUUACACAAAGGUUGAGCCGACCAUAUGAAAAGAAGGCUAAGAAGAUUGAAAAAAUUAUCAGCGAAAGAGAAGAAGAAUAUUCCAAGCAAAACACUUUUCAGCCAGCCAUCAAUGAAAGAUCCAGACUGUUAGUAAGCAGUAGCUUAGAUGAUCGUGUUAACACAUUUCUUCAAGAAAAACAAAAGAAUAUAGAAAAGAAGAAGGAAGAGGUUGCCAAACUAGAGGAAAAUGAGCUAAAGUUUAAGCCUGAAAUUACAAAAAAGUCGCAAAAACUGAAUAGGGACGUAAAUCUGUUGUUACAUUGGAGCGAGGAGAGAAAACAGAAAUUAGAAUCACUCAAGACUGCCGUCGAUCAGGAACACCUGGAACCAUGCACAUUCAAGCCUGUACUAAGCACAAGAUCUAGAAAAAUUGCAGAGAAAUGUUUAAAAAAACAAGGAACAAAUACCUCAUUUCCUCAAUCGACAGAUGUGUUUGAGAGAAAUUAUGAAUGGGAAUUUAUCAAAAACCACAAAAAGCGAAAGUUUAUUGAAUCAUUUAUCAGAAUGGAAAAGGCUCUCCACAAUCCAAAUAUCACCAUAAAAGCUUCUAGCUUAAAACGAGACGGGCCAUUUGGAGACAGAUUGUACAAGCAAGGAUUGGAAUUCCUUGAAAAGAAAGAAAAAACAAGAGAAAAUUUGCUUUCAGCGUUGUAUCAAAAACGAGGAGCUGGCUGCGUUCAACAAAAAGAUGAUCCUUACUUUGGAGACGCAGAGGAUCGUGUAGUAGAAUCGGGCUCAAAACUCACAGAGGAGCAAAUUUAUGAAUUAAUCAAGCAAUACGCACUUGAUGUUGAUGACGAUCCACAAUUCGCAGAAGGGAAAACACAAGACCAAGACAAGCAGGAGGAAAAUAUAGUGUCUACACCUCCUGACCACGAGGAGGACAUGUUUACAACAGACCCUCAAGAAAAGUAUGCCAAAACAAUGGAAACACUUAGAUUAUUUCGUCAAUCACAACUCUCUCAAAAAGCUUGCAACGAAUAA